AUGUCUUGCCCCGUGAUUGGAACCACCAAUGAUGUCCUCCCGCCGAACCAUCCUUCUAUCGAUCUCGCAAAGGAUGGCCAAGUUUGCCCUGUAGUAGGAGCCACAACCGACCACCACCACAACCUACACUCGCACCCUCCCGUCCCCACCCAAGGCAACGAGGCUACAUCAUGCCCCGCUCUCAAGAACACUGUCAAGGAGACCAAGGCCCAGGAGAUGGAUGAUGCCCUUUGCCCUGUUGUAGGCACCGCUACCACUGUUCUUCCUCCCGACCACCCAGACAUGCUUAAGGCGAGUGAGGGCGACGUAUGCCCUGUCACCAAGGCAACAGUUGGACACCAUAAGAACAAGGUGGUUACACACCCAAGCGUAGACGGAGCAGCAGAUGGUGCUGUAUGCCCAGUCACUGGCCAAAAGCAACUUGCAUAA